AUGAAGAAUAGUCGAAAGUUUAAUAUGAGAAAGAUAUAUAUGGCCUUGCAUAGGAGUACCCAAAAACUAGAAUGGAGGACCUUGUUUUAUGGUAAUGUGGCUCGCCCUAAGGCCAUUGUCAACAUGUGGCUAGCUUGCCGUGAGAGGCUUGCAACAAGAACUAGAUUGCAUAAGUUUUGUUUGAUUGAUACAACCAAGUGUUAUUUUUGUAAUGAGGAUGAAACUCAAAAACUUCUUUUGUUUGAGUGCAAAGAAAUGAAGGUAAUAUGGGAGAGGGUUUUAGAUUGGAUUCAGAUUCGAAACCAUCUUUUCAGGUGGAGUCAAAAGAUUAAGUGGAUUAUCUAG